AUGUCCGACAACGAGCCAAUUGCCAUCAUCGGCAGCGCAUGCCGCUUCCCCGGAGACUCUUCCUCCCCCUCCAAGCUCUGGGAUCUCCUCAAAUCUCCCCGUGAUUUGUUGACCAAAGUCCCAUCCAACCGCUACAACGCCGAUGCAUUCUACCAUGCGGACUCCAAGCACCAUGGCACCACUAACGUGCGCCAUUCGUACUUCCUCAACGAGGACCCCGCCAGCUUUGACAACAACUUCUUCAAUAUCCAGCCCGGUGAGGCGGAAGCAAUUGACCCCCAGCAGAGACUCCUCAUGGAGGUUGUGUACCAGGGCCUUUGCGCUUCUGGACAGACCAUUGAGGGGCUUCGUGGAUCGCCUACUUCUGUUUAUGUUGGUGUCAUGUGUGAUGAUUGGAGUGGGAUCAUCACCCGUGAUCUGGAGGUGUUUCCACAGUAUGGUGCAACCGGCAUGGCGAGAAGUAUCAUGUCGAAUCGUAUUUCAUACUUUUUCGACUGGCAUGGUCCAUCUAUGACGAUUGAUACGGCUUGUUCGUCGAGCUUGGUCGCUGUUCAUCAGGCCAUUCAGACGUUGAGAAGUGGGGAGUCUGAAGUUGCCAUCGCAGCCGGAGCCAACCUGAUCCUUACCCCAGGUAUGUAUGUUGCUGAGAGCAAGCUGUCCAUGUUGUCCCCAUCAGGUAGGUCCAAAAUGUGGGAUCAGGAUGUAAACGGCUACGCCCGCGGCGAAGGUAUCGCUGCUGUCGUGCUCAAGCCUCUCAGCGCCGCGAUCCGCGAUAACGACCAUAUCGACUGCAUCAUCCGCGCCACGGGCGUCAACCAAGACGGCCGCACCCCAGGUCUGACCAUGCCUAGCGCCACGGCCCAAGCAGACCUCAUCCGCAGCACAUACGCCCGCGCCGGUCUCGACAUCAACAAGCCCGAAGACCGCCCUCAAUUCUUUCACGCCCAUGGUACAGGUACACCUGCUGGUGAUCCCCGUGAAGCUGAAGCCAUCUAUCGUGCGUUCUACUCGGAUGUUAAGAAUGAUAAGCUUUACGUUGGGUCGAUCAAGACUGUGCUGGGUCAUACUGAGGGCACGGCUGGUCUCGCGAGUUUGAUCGGGACGGCGCUUGCGAUUCAGAAUAAGACUAUUCCACCGAAUAUGCACUUUGACGUUUUGAAUCCAAAGAUCAAGCCGUUUUAUGAUAACUUGGAGGUUCCGACUAGGGCUAUUGAUUGGCCUGAGACAAAGAAGGGACAACCUCGACGAGCUAGCAUUAAUAGCUUUGGCUUUGGUGGUACCAAUGCCCAUGCUAUCAUCGAGGCCUACGAGCCCAGCAUUACAGAUAGCGUGCCCGGUCCACUGUUUAGCCCAUUGACAUUUUCCGCUUCAUCCGAGUCGUCUCUACGAUCUAUGCUCUCCUCCUACUCAGAUUAUCUCAAGUCUAAUCCCGAGCUGCCACUCAAAGACCUCGCAUACACCCUGCAAACACGACGCUCCACCCUGGCCUACCGCGUCGCCAUCACUGCCUCCAACGUGGAGGAUGUCUACACCCAACUCGACGCUAUAGAGAACGGCGAGCAGUCUAGUACCAUCGGUGUGCGCCAGGUCACCAAGACUUCACCCAAGAUCAUGGGCGUCUUUACAGGCCAGGGUGCUCAGUGGCCACGCAUGGGCGCGAGACUUAUCGAAGAGUCCGCAUUCGCGUCACAGCGACUUUCUGAGCUUGACGAGGCAUUGUCAAGCCUUCCGAAGGACGAUAGACCUUCUUGGACUCUGCGGGAGAUGAUUCUUGCGGAUUCCAAGGCUUCGAGGAUCGCCGAGGCUGCUAUUUCCCAGCCUUUGUGCACGGCUAUUCAGGUCGUCUUGGUUGAUCUCCUCCGACAGGCUGGUGUUGAGCUCUCUGGCGUUGUUGGUCAUUCUUCUGGUGAGAUUGGGGCUGCUUAUGCGGCUGGUCUGCUUACUGCACGAGAUGCCAUCCGAGUCGCUUACUACAGAGGUCUCUAUGCUAAGCUCGCACAGUCUCCCAAUGGCCGCAAGGGUGCCAUGAUGGCAGUUGGAACUACCUUUGACGACGCAUCGGAGUUCUGCGAACUGGAUGCCUUCCAAGGCCGAAUCCAAGUCGCCGCCAGAAACUCCUCUUCUAGCAUUACUCUCUCGGGCGAUGAGGAUGCUAUCGUCGAAGCUAUCGAGACAUUCAAGGAUGAGGGCAAGUUCGCUCGUCAACUAAAGGUCGACACAGCUUAUCACUCAUCUCACGUCCUUCCAUGCGCCAAACCAUACCUCGAAGCCAUGGAGAGAUGUCAGAUCGAGCGUGCUACUCCUACUGCGACAAAAUGGUACUCAAGUGUCCACGAUGGUCAGGUGAUGACAGCUGAGCUUCUUGCUCCCCAGUACUGGGUCGACAACAUGACCAGCGCGGUCCUGUUCUCUCCUGCUGUGGAGCAUGCCUGGCAGGAAGAAGGGCCGUACGAUCUGAUCAUCGAAGUUGGUCCUCAUGCAGUACUCAAGACUCCCUGCCUUGACACUUUGGAAGACAUGACCGGAGACCGACCUCCUUACUCUGGUGUUUUGGGUCGCGGCAAGGACGACAUCCAGCAAUUCUCCAACGGUCUUGGCGCUGUCUGGACUCAACUCGGCGCGGGAUCAGUUACUUUUGAGCGCUUCGAGAUGGUCGCAUCCGACUCCAAGACUGUCCCGUCUUUCAUCCAUGACCUUCCUAACUAUACCUUCGACCAUGCGAGACAGUUCAUGUCGAUGUCGAGGGUAUCUGGUUGGUACAACAGCAUGCAGGAAGCUCCUCAUCCCAUUCUGGGCAGACGAUGCCAUGAUCGCGAGACAUCGCAGACGCUUCAGUGGCGCAACGUGCUGAGCCCCAAAGAGAUUCCCUGGCUGCAUGGUCAUCAGAUUCAGGGCCAGAUCAUCUUCCCCGCUACUGGAUACAUCUCUAUGGCUGUUGAGGCCGUGAACAUCAUUGCAGAGUCAAAACUGGGCCUUGUUACGAUUGAGGACCUCCGCAUCGGACGAGCACUUGCGUUCAGCGAUGAUGACGCAAGCGUCGAGUCGAUGUUUGAUCUAAGAAUCAUCAGCCGUUCUGAUACCGAGAUCGAGGCUGAGUUCUCAUGCUACUCUGGCCUUCCUCAGAACCACACUGCAAACAUGGUUCUCAACGCAACUGCUCAUAUCAAGGCCUCCCUUUCUGCACCAACUGCUGAAAGAAUCCCCAGCAUCAAGGUCGAUGACUAUAAUCUUCGCGAGGUUCAAGUCGACAGAUUCUAUGACUUCCUCAGUCGCCUCGGAUACAACUACUCCUGGCCCUUCCACGGUACCACCAGCAUCCGCAGAAAGGCAAACCUUGCUAUAGGUACUCUUGAGGAUCAGUCUGGUUCUGAGUGGGAAGACCAGCUUCUCGUUCAUCCCGGCAUGCUUGAUACUUCUCUCCAGACAACAUUCGCCGCGUACUGCUGUCCAGGCGACGAGCGCAUGUGGGCCCUUCACUUGCCGACCAGUUUCCGCUCCAUCGUAAUCAACCCCUACUUCACCUCUGCCGGUGUCGGAAAGCAGAAGAGCUUCCAGUAUCAGUCUGUUGCUAUCGAGGAGAGGAAGGCUUCCAAGGUCAUCGUGGAGCUGAACUUGCUCUCUGAAGAGACUGGAGAUACGUUUCUCCAGAUUGAGGGCAUGGAGCUCGUUCCCUUCUCACCUGCUACCCCAGAGAACGACGCCGUUUUGUUCUCUCGCUUUGACUAUAGGCUUGCUGGACCCGAUGGCGAGCUCACAGCUGCUGAGUAUUCUUUCAGAGAUGAGGACUACAUGAUGGCAGUUGACUGUGAACGCAUCGCUUUCUACUACCUUCGCCGGCUGGUUGAGACUAUCACGCCCGAGGAGAAGGCCAACACCCUUCCUCACUACCGACACCUUGUGGAGUGGGCAGCUCAUGUCGUCCCUCAAGUCGUAGACGGAGCCAACCCCCACGUCCCAUCUAGCGCGCAGAAAGAUACACAUGAAGACAUUCAAAGCAUCUUGAAGAAGCACUAUGAACGUGUUGACGUCCGUCUUCUCGAAUCUGUUGGCGAAAACCUCCCACAAGUCAUUCGCGGAAAUGGCAACAUCCUUGAGCACAUGACAAAGGACGGUAUGCUCGACGAUGUUUACGAGGAAGGCUUUGGUCUUGAUCUAGUGAACAAGUAUAUUGCGCAUAUGACAGCUCAGAUCGCCCAUCGAUAUCCUCGUAUGAAUAUCCUAGAGAUUGGUGCCGGAACGGGCGGUUCAACCCGAGAGAUCCUCCCCCGUCUCGGCUCAGCCUUCUCAACAUACACCUACACCGACGUCUCGGGCGGUUUCUUCGACACAGCCCAAGAUCGCUUCAAAGACUAUGCCGAACGCAUGAUCUUCAAAACCUUCGACAUGAACAUCAGUCCUGGUUCUCAAGGCUUUACCGAAGGAUCAUAUGACCUCGUAAUCGCCUCCAAUGUCCUGCACGCCACUCUGGAGCUAGAAGAUAUGAUGAAGCAUGUGAGAAGCUUCCUCAAGCCCGGAGGUUUCCUCAUCAUUCUCGAGACGGUUAACAACGACUGUUUACGCGUCGGUUUACCUAUGGGUAGUCUUCCUGGCUGGUGGCUCGGUGCAGAGCAUGGCCGACGCUGGGGUCCUACCCUCACGCUACCGCAGUGGGACUCUUUGCUUUGGAAGUGUGGCUUUGGUGGCAUUGACACUACGACGCCGCCUGUUCACAAGAUCCUUCCUGGGCAUGUCUUUUGUGCUCAGGCUCUUGAUGAGCGUGUUGAGAUUCUUCGUUCGCCUCUGAGCCACCUUUCCGACCUUCCCGAGACCAAGUCUACGGAGCUCGCUAUUGUUGGGGGAGAAACACUCAAGGUCCAUAGGAUGUGCGAACAGAUUUCUCGACGUCUCAAGCCAAAGUACGACAGAAUCACGCGCUUCAACUCGAUCGAGGAGCUCAACACCAGUGGUCUUGUAGACUCGUGCACUGUUUUGUCUCUCACUGAACUCGAUGAGCCGCUGUUCGCCAACAUGACUUCUGGCAAGCUGGAUGCGCUAAAGAUACUGUGGAAGCAGGGUGGAAGUAUCCUCUGGGUUACUACUGGUGCUCGAGAUGAGAAUCCUCACUCCUACAUGACCACCGGAGUUGGUCGUUGCAUGCGCUUCGAGUACCCGAACAUCACCCUCCAAGCUCUGGACAUCAAGACCAUGACGGACCGCACUCCCGAGCUCAUCGCGGACCAUCUCCUGAGACUGGAGGUAUUGGACAAGUGGUCCAAGGAACUUCGCCCAGAAGAGUUGCUCUGGUCUUUGGAACCUGAGAUCUACAUUGACGAUGAUGCCAGUAUCGUUCCACGACUAUAUCCCUACGAGUCUGGAAACGCACGAUACAACGCUGAGCGUCGCAAUGUUAUCAAGGAUGCCAAUCUUGAGACCGACAGGGUAGUAUUUGUGGAGAAUGAGGGUAAGUGGGAGGUUCACCAUGCUUCGCCUCUUCAUAUUUCCCAGGAGCUGCCGUUCGCUGCUAAGACGAAGACCAUUCGCAUCACACACUUCUCGCCUGCUACCGUCAACUUCGCUCCGGGUGUCAGUCUGAUGGUUUGCGUUGGAAUUGACACAGCUUCUGGUGAGAGACUUCUGGCUGUCACUCACAUUGCUGAGUCUCCUGUUUCGGUCGCAGCAGACUGGUGCAUCCCUCUCGGAGAGCUUGAUGCAGGUGAUACGCUAGCCAACGUCUCAGCCCUUCUGACUGCUUCUACCAUCUUGAAGCAUAUGGCCACCGAGGAAACUCUUGUCGUUCAUGAUGCUCCUUCUCGCCUUGCUUCCGCCUUGGAGGGUCUCGCCAAGGAAUCAUCCGUCACGGUCUUCUUAACUUCGUCCGACAGGGCAAACACGAAGGGAUGGCAAUACAUCGACAGUCACUUGCCUGAGCGAGUUAUCAAGACAUCUAUCCCCAGAUCAGCCACUAAGUUCAUCAACCUAUCGCAAGAUGCCAAUGCGAAGGAGACUGGCCGAGUCAUCUCCGGAUGCCUUCCCCGCUACUGCGAGACCAUCAACACAGACCGACUCUUCAGUUCGGGUAAGGUGAUACGCCAAUCCGUGUCCAAGGAAGACGUUUCUAUUGCAUUCAACAGGGCUUUCUAUGAGGCCAAGUCGCUCUCUAGUACUGCUAUUGACGCAAGCUUGAUCUCCCUGAAGGAUAUUUCUGGUGUCAGUGCAGCUGAGGUUCGCUUCGCUGUCGUAGACUGUACUGAGUCCUCCAUCGAGGCCUCUGUUCGUCCUAUCGACGAUGGAAAGAUCUUCCAGGCUGACAAGACAUUCCUUCUCAUCGGUCUAUCUGGUGAACUUGGCCAAUCUCUUUGCAAGUGGAUGGUUGAGCAGGGAGCUCGAAAUAUUGUUCUUACCAGUCGCCGUCCUAACGUCUCUCAACACUUCUUUGACGAAAUGGCUACCAUGGGUGCUACAGUCAAGGCACUUCCCAUGGAUAUUACCAAUCGCGACUCACUACAUGCAUGCGUUGCCAUCAUCCAAAAGACACUUCCUCCCAUCGCAGGUGUCGUUAACGGCGCCAUGGUUCUCCGAGACGCACUCUUCGAGAAUAUGGCCUAUCAAGACUUUCUGGAGGUCCUAAGGCCCAAGGUGCUUGGGUCCCAACUCCUCGAUGAAAUGUUCUAUGACACUCCCCUCGACUUCUUCAUCUUCUUCUCCUCCACCACCGCCGUCAUGGGCAACAGCGGUCAGAGUAAUUACAUCGCUGGCAACAUGUUCAUGAACGCACUCGCAGCACAGCGUAAGAAGCGCGGUGUCGCCGCUUCAUCCAUUGACAUCAGUUCCAUCAUUGGUCUUGGCUACGUCGAGAGGGCUGAGGACCUUAGUGAGGAUACUUUCAUCAAGAUGGGUUACAAGCCUAUGUCUGAACAAGACCUACAGAAGCUGUUUGCUGAGGCUAUUGUUCUUGGAAGGCCCGAGUGCGAUGAGGUUUGUGAGCUUGUGACGGGUGUUACCCCUAUCUACACUGAUGCUCAGGCUAGUGAUCAAUACUUGAAGGAUGUCAAGUUUGGUCACUUUCUCAUGGAGCGUUUGGAUACUCAGGGCUAUACUGGGAAGACAUCUACUGUUCCUGUUAGGGUGCAGUUGGCUGAUGUCAAGACCAAAACUGAUGCCGUAGCUAUCAUCAAAGAUGCUUUCAUUGUACGACUUCGACGUGUUUUGGCUGUUGGACCAGAUGAGAUCAUCAACGAAAAGGUCACUCUAGUCGAACAAGGUGUUGACUCUCUGAUGGCUGUCGAAGUCCGCUCCUGGUUCAUCAAAGAACUCGAUGUCGACAUUCCCGUCCUCAAGAUUCUGGGUGGAAUGUCCGUUCCCGAUCUCGUUGAAGAGUCCCUCGACCUUAUCUCAGACUCCAUCCUUGACGCAUCAUCCCUCGAAGCAGGCAGCGCCUCAACCACUCAACCCCCCAAGCCCACCCUCCAAACAAACCGCGUCACACCACCUGAGAGCUCCCGUGGCACAAGUGACGAGAGUAAGCAGCAAGCCGGCUCCGACUCCUCCCGCUCGCCAAUCGACACGCCCCUUACAUCGAUGGAGAGCCAAGAACCCGCUAAAGAGGAAGACAGUACGGACAACUCCACUCCCCUAAAGACUUUUCCUAACGAGCUGUCCAGCAUCAUGUCCUACGGUCAAGCAGGCUUCUGGUUUCUGAACGACUACCUUUUCAACAAGAGGGCGUUCAACAUGGCCGUCAUGUUGAAGCUCACGGGCCAGAUCCGCAUGCAGGCUCUGGAGAAGGCUGUCAAUCUUGUUGCGGAGCGGCAUGAGAUCUUGAGGACGAGAUUCUUUUGGGGUGAUGAUGGUGAUGAGAGGAUGCCUUUGCAGGGUAUCAUCCCAGCGGAUCUGAAGUUGACAACGAAGAAGGUCGUUGAUGAGGGAGAAGCUGAGGUGGAGUUGAAGAAGCUUCAUGAUGUGGAGUGGGAUUUGAGUGGAGGUGAAGGAGUCAAGAUCACUUUGCUGUCGUUAUCGGAUAAUGUUCAUUUUCUUUUGUUGGGUAUGCAUCACAUUUACAUUGACGGAUACAGCUUCAGUGUGUUCUUCAAGGACCUCGAAGUUGCUUACACAAAACACACGCUCCCUUCUCUUCCGGUCGAGUCACAGUAUCGAUCUUUUGCACUUCAACAGCGACAGAUGUAUGCGAACGGCGAUCUCACCAAGUCCAUUGAGUACUAUCGAAAAAGCUUUCCCAAAGAGUUCAAGCCUAUUCAGCUUUUCCCUUUCGCUAUCACGCCUGCGAGACAGUUUGCCAACGAGUAUUCUCAACACGAGGCCAAGAUUAGUAUUGAUCCAGAACUAGCUACCAAGGUUCGACAGCUCGCCCGCGUCAAUCGCUCGACUUCAUUCCAUGUCUACUUGGCAGCCUUGGAGCUUCUUCUCUUCACACUCCUACCCAACGCAGGGGAAGUCUUUAUCGGUAUCGCCGAUGCCAACCGCGGUGAUAAGAAGUUCAUGGGCAGUCUCGGCUUCUUUCUGAACCUUCUCCCUCUACGCUUCCGGCGAAAAAGGCGCGGUACCCAACUCAGCUCCAUCAUCCAGACAGCUCGCGACACAGCAUAUGGAGCACUCCAACACUCCACGCUACCCUUCGAUGUCCUUCUUCGGGAACUAAACGUUCCGAGAUCUGACAAGUACACGCCCAUCUUCCAGGUCUUCAUGGACUAUAGACAGGUUGUUCAGGAACGGUCGUCGUGGGGAGGCUGCAAGCUCCAUGGGGAAAAGUGGCACAAUGCUGGGACGGGAUACGACAUUGCUUUGGAGGUCAACGAAAAUAUCACCACUGAUACCCUUUUGGGUCUGAGACUUCAGAAGCAGCUUUACUCUGAGGAUCACACUGCGCUUCUACUUCGCUCGUACUUGAGCGUGCUGGAGUACGUGGUCCAAGGGACUAACAAGGCUGCUGAUGCUGCGCCGGCUUGGUCGAAGGAUGAUCUCCAGGCUGCGCUGGAUGCCGGGAAAGCACCCGAGUUCCUACCAAAGUGGCAGUCCACAAUCAGUCAUCACAUCGACCACAUCAUCCAAAUCAACGCUACCAAAGUUGCUCUCAAGGACGGCAACGAUACCGUGCUUACAUACGAACAGAUGGGCAAUCGGGUCAACUCCAUCGCCCAGGCUCUCAUCGACGCUGGGACUACGCAGAGCACAGUAGUCGGAGUCUUCCAAGAACCCUCCUCGGACUGGAUCUGCUCCCUUCUCGCCAUCUUCAAAGCUGGAGCAGUCUACGUCCCUCUCGAUCUUCGCAACUCCAUUCCUCGUCUGACUAGCAUCGUCAAAGCCUCUCGGCCUUCGCUCAUCAUCACGGAUCAUACGACUGAUGAGAAGCUUGAGCUCAUUGGUGCCAAGUUCAUCACCCAGCUUCAGCUGCACAAGGUGGCCAAUCAGGAGCUUAAGGAGCCGAACCGUGCAAAGGUCGGAUCUCUGGCUGUCAUUCUCUUCACCAGCGGUUCUACAGGUGAACCCAAGGGCCUCAUGAUGACACAUACCAAUCUCAUGUCCUACGCCGAAGUCUCAAGCAAGACUUUCUCCAAGCCCGAUGAAGGUCUCGUGGUACUACAGCAGAGUCCCUUCAGUUUCGACUUUUCACUUGAUCAGACCGUGGCUGCGUUGGCGAAUGGUGGAUGUCUUUGCAUCGUACCAGCAGGCAAGAGAGGAGACCCCGAUGAGAUCAGCAAGAUCAUGGUCAAAGAGGGUGUUACAUACACGACUGCUACACCUUCUGAGUAUGAUCUGUGGUUACGAUACAGCACCAGCACUCUAAGACAAUGCACUUCGUGGAAGUACGCUUUCUCUGGUGGUGAGGCGAUGAGUCACAAACUAGCCCGCGAGUUCGGAACGUUGAACCUGAAGAAUCUCCACGUCUUCAAUGGCUAUGGGCCAGCUGAGACAACAAUUCUCUCUCAUCGCAUCGACCUCAAGUACACAGAUCCUGAUCUUCCAGACCCCCUUCUAGCUGGUUAUCCCAUGCCUGGUUUCUCAGUCUGCAUCGUGGACGACAAGAUGCGGCCUGUUCCUCUUGGUGUUCAGGGCGAGAUUGUCCUCGGUGGCCCAUGCAUCGUCUCCGGCUAUCUCAACAUGCCCGACUCCACGAAAGACAAGUUCUUGCCGGACACCUUCUUCGGAACCAGUGGGAAGGUAUAUCGCAGUGGAGAUCGCGGCCGUCUAUGCCAUGAUGGUUCGCUAUUCUGCGACGGCCGUCUUGAAGGUAGCAACAUGAUCAAGCUUCGAGGAUUCCGAGUCGAGUUGGACGAAGUAGAGAAGACUAUUAUCAGUCACUCCGCUGGCGCACUCUCCCACGCAGUUGUUACGCUGCGAGGCACUGAAGAAGGCCGCUAUCUAGCAGCCCAUGUUCUCUUUGCUCCCGAAUUCCCAGAGCACAAUCAGGAAAGCAUCAUGAAAUCUCUCCGUCAAACCCUUCCUCUACCUCCCUACAUGCGUCCUUCCGUCUUCCAGAUCCUCGACGACAUUCCACGAACCGCCCAUCUCAAGAUCGAUCGAAAGGCCAUCCAAGAAAUGCCCGUCAAGACCUCUGCCUCCCACGACUCUGGAACUCUGACUGUCGCUGAACAAAGUCUGAGUGAGCUUUGGCGGCGGGUCUUGCCUCUCGAUCCCGGUUCUCUUUCUCCUGAAUCUGACUUCUUCCUUAUUGGUGGCAACUCUAUUCUUCUAGUCAAGCUCCAGGCGCUGUUGAGGCAGACGUUCGAGACGGCGCCUAAACUUGUUGCGCUCAUGGGCGCUACUACUCUCGGCGCUAUGGCUGCCAUCCUUGAGAACUGUGGAUCUGUUGGCGUCAUUCAUUGGGAUAGAGAGACUGCGCUGCCAGAUGAUCUUCGAGCUACUACGACGCUGCGCCCAGUGAGCAAGACAAAGGAAAUUACAGUGCUUCUCACUGGCUCAUUGGGGUACCUCGGUCGUCAUCUUCUGCCAGCGCUCGUUCAAGAUUCUCGAGUCACACGAGUUCAUUGUCUGGUCCGUUCCGUGAACAAUGAGAAAAUUAGUCACAGCUCUAGCGCAAAAGUCCGGGUUAUCGAGAGCGACGUGUCCAAGCCCAAUCUUGGCCUUUCCGACUCAACUUACUCCCGCCUUGCUGAUGAAACAGACGUCAUCAUCCACUGCGCAGCCAACAGAUCCUUCUGGGACAGAUACGAAGUUCUCAGGCCGGUCAACGUCGACUCGGUGAAGGAGUUGGCUAAGCUCGCCGCUGUUUCUGGCCGCUCGAUACCAUUGCACUUCCUGUCAUCUGGAGCUGUGAAGACGUAUGAGGGAGAUGGUCUGACACCACCGCCUGAUGGUAGUGAUGGUUACGUGGCUACAAAGUGGGCUUCAGAGACAUUCUUGCGAAACGCCGCUGGUUCAAUCGGCCUUCCCGUCUACGCACACCGUCCCACCAUGAGCAGCACGUCGCAAACCGAAAAAGACCAAGCCUCGAUCGUCAACGAACUCAUCACCAUCAUUAAGUCGAUUGGCGUCCGACCAGCUUUCGAAGGAGUCACCGGCUCAGUAGAUGUACUUCCAAUCAGUGACAUUGUCAAAGCUAUCCAGGAGACUGUCCUGAGCUCGAGUGCUGGUGGACAAGGUUACAACAUUGUGCAACAUGAAGCACAUCACCGCGCUUUCGUGGAGGAAUUCGCAGCCAUCGUACGCUCUGACGAUGGUUUGAACAGCCUUCCUAGUAUUUCUAUCUUAGACUGGUUCGGUGAGGCGAAGAAGGCUGGAUUUUCUUAUUUUCUUGCAACUCAGGAUUUGGUCAUGGGUUCAGGUGACGGUCGCUUGGUUUCAAGGCGUUAA